AUGCUGCGAGAAAAUCUAAUAGAAGAGAGAACGAAGAAAGAUGGGAUAAACAUUUUCAUAUUCAAUAACUAUGCCAUUUGGAUUCUCAAACUUUCGCACGUGUGUUUCUUUUUCUUCCUUAGCAUUCGGAAUUUAUUUCAUCUAUCAUCCGAUGUGGCAUUCUUGAUUUUUUUCCUUGGUUUUUUUAUUAUUUUGUUUUUCUUUUUCAUGAGCUGGUACAGCUGCUACCUAUAUAUUAGAAGUGUCACCAACGAGGAACUCAUAGAUGAAGAAGUAAACCCAUCCAUACUAAACGAAAUAAUACCCCAAAUUUUCUUCUCCUUGUGCAGUUUUUUUUUGAUAAAUCUGUUGUACUCUGGAUACCUCUUAGUUUACCUGAACGUACAGGCGGAUGAUAGUAUUUCGAUACCCCUUGAAUCGGUGAUCAUUUUUUUCUUUUUUUUUUUUUGCUACAUAUUAUAUGGGACCCUUUUCAAAUAUGAAAAUUCGAUGAGUGCCUUCCUUCAUGGAGCCAACGGAAUAGGCACAUUGGCACUUUUUAUAUAUAAGUCAGGGAUCUACCUGGUUUACCUAAUCCAAAGGCAUAAACAGAACAAGUUAUUUUAUCGAGAUUCAGAAGGGGAUUAUGUCAAAAUGCUCAUGUACUCGUGCGCUUCGGCAUUUUCCUCUCUUCUGCUAAAGAAUUUGAACCUUAUAAACUUACAGCUGCUCUCCUUCCUUAUGCUAGUAUCCUCUGUCAUUUUUAUCUACUCUGAAUUGAAUCUACAAAAAAUGGAAUUUCUUCACGAAUCGAUAGGAAGCAGAAUCAUGCACAUGUACUUAUCUUCCCUCCACUCGAGUAGCAAAACUCCUGGAAAAUUAUCCUAG